CCACAGCCCUGUAUGAGGAAACCCCGCCAGGCUAGCUGUGUGCUCCUCCAGACAGCAGGAGGCACAUUGCAGCAGUGUGCUGGGCACAGCCUAGUUCUUCCUGUGUCUCCUUCUUCAUGUGCCCUGUAGUCCCUCCCUCGUCUGUAAGGGUCAGGCUGUACUAGUACAUGAGGAAGGACUCCGAGUCCUCUCACACCUCCUUUGUACUGCUGCUGUGCUGCCGCCUGGCACGCAACAGGUCUUUCCCAGAGGACACCGUCUCCGGAUUCCAGCUCCCGCACCUCGCUGCACUGUGUUAUUCAUCUCGCUCUCCUCCUCCUGAGGCUCUGGGGAGUGAAUGAAACUUCUUUUUCGGAUCUUUUCCCGCUAGAGUGGAUUAUAUGUUAUUAUUGCACUUUGCGUACGCUUGCAGCAGCAGCAUUACACAUUGUUGUCACUUGUAGCUGCUGAUUGUUAUUGUGCGGCACAUGAGGAGCGGAGGCUUCCUUUUCAGUUUGAAUGGAAGUUGCAGUGUUGUAGAACAGUGUCUCGGGCAAGUGCCAGUGUCCUUGCUGCAGUGCUCUCUCUGAGCUAUAGCUAUGACCGCUGGGAUAUAGUUAUAGGUGUGACCACUGGGAUAUAGUUAUAGGUGUGACCACUGAGAUAUAGAUAUAGGUGUGACAGCUGGGAUCUGAUUGUGCCCAGGUACCUUGUUGCAUCGCUCUGCAUCUUUGUAUGUGGGCGUUUAUAUCAGACUACUUGAUGAUUGUUGACUGUUGCUGAACUGUAUUUUCUAGUCCUGUCAUUGUACUGCAGCUGUCCAGCCUUAUUGCUGCGUUUUUCUAGCUUUGUGUAGGAAAAGGUAUAUAUUUCAAGCUGAUUUUACUGCAACAUUGUUUUUUUGUGUGUGUAAUUUGCUUUUUCAGCACAUUACUUUUUUUAUUGAAUACUUUUAAGUGUUGCAAUUCAUAUUACUGUAUGAUUUAAAUAGGUACUGUAGAGCCCCCUUUUUUAGUAGAAACAGUCCAUUUUGUGUAUUUUUCUUUGGUAGUAUUCACAGCUGUUGUAUAGUUGUCAUGUCCAAAGCUGGUGUGUACCCUCCUGCGCCGGAGAUUUGUGCUGCAGCGCACAUCCCAUCUUUUCAGAAAUACCAGGAGAUGUACCAGAGAUCCGUGCGGGAUCCCAGUGAAUUCUGGGGUGAGAUUGCAAAUGAUUUCUACUGGAGGGUUGCUCCUUCCCAGCCAUUUCUGAAAUACAAUUUCGAUGUUACUAAAGGGAAGAUCUUCAUUAAGUGGAUGAAAGGAGCUGUCACCAAUAUAUGCUACAAUGUUCUGGACAGAAAUAUUCUAGAGAAGAAGCUGGGGGACAAAGUGGCAUUUUACUGGGAAGGGAAUGAGCCCGAAGAAUCCACAUCUGUCACAUAUGCAGAACUCCUGAAGAAAGUGUGCCAGUUUGCCAAUGUUCUGCGUGAUCAAGGUGUCAAGAAGGGAGACCGUGUGUCCAUUUACAUGCCCAUGGUUCUAGAACUGGUGGUGGCAAUGUUGGCAUGUGCUCGAAUUGGGGCUGUACACUCAAUAGUGUUUGCAGGGUUUUCUGCCGAGUCUCUGUGUGAGCGGAUAAUGGACUCUCACUGCUCCCUCCUAAUCACAGCAGAUGGCUUUUUCCGUGGGGACAAAUUGAUUAACCUGAAACUGAUUGCAGAUGAGGCACUGAAGAAGUGUGAAGAAAAGAACUAUUCCCUGAAAAAGUGCAUUGUGCUAAAGCAUCUGGGAAGAGAAGAAGUUAUAUGUGAUGGAACAAGCAGAAUGUCACCUCCAAGCAAGAGACUCUGCCCAAGUGUGCAGGGAAACAAGCAGGAGAAAGCAAAGCGAGAACAUCCCCAGACCAAGUGGAACCCAUCAGUGGACUUAUGGUGGCAUGAUCUAACAAAGGAUGCCAGCACAGAGUGUGAGCCAGAGUGGUGUGAUGCAGAGGAUGCGCUGUUUAUUCUUUACACAAGUGGCUCUACUGGCAAGCCCAAGGGCGUAGUUCACACAGUGGGAGGUUAUAUGAUCUUCACUGCCACUACAUUCAAAUACGUGUUUGAUUACCAUCCUGAUGAUAUAUACUGGUGCACUGCUGAUAUUGGAUGGAUCACCGGACACUCCUACCUCGUCUAUGGACCACUAGCCAAUGGAGCUACCAGUGUAUUAUUUGAAGGACUCCCAAUAUAUCCAGAUAUCUCCCGGAUGUGGCAAAUCAUUGAUAAAUACAGUGUGAGCAAAUUCUACACAGCACCAACCGCGAUCCGACUGCUGAUGAAAUAUGGAGAGGAACCAGUGAGAAGGUAUACUAGAAAAUCAUUAAAGAUUUUAGGAACAGUUGGAGAACCAAUUAAUCCAGAAGCCUGGCUUUGGUAUUACAAUGUUGUGGGAGAGAAAAGAUGUCCAAUCGUGGAUACAUUUUGGCAAACUGAAACGGGAGGUCAUGUAUUAACUCCGCUUCCAGGUGCAACAGCCACCAAACCCGGCUCAGCUACUUUUCCAUUUUUCGGAGUAGUUCCUGCAAUCUUAGAUGAGUCUGGGGAAGAGCUUGAGGGAGAAGCUGAAGGCUACCUGGUAUUUAAACAACCCUGGCCUGCACUCAUGCGCACAGUAUAUGGGAACCAUGAAAGAUUUGAAACCACCUACUUCAAGAAGUUCCCUGGAUAUUAUGUGACAGGAGAUGGCUGUAAAAGAGACAAAGAUGGAUACUACUGGAUUACUGGGCGAAUUGAUGACAUGCUUAAUGUUUCUGGUCACUUGCUGAGCACAGCAGAGGUCGAGUCCGCACUUGUUGAACACUCUUCUGUAGCAGAAGCUGCUGCAGUCAGCCACCCACACCCAGUGAAAGGGGAAUGCCUGUAUUGCUUUGUCACACUGCGGGACGGACAUGAGUUCACCAAAACACUGACCGAUCAACUCAAGAAACUAGUUAGAGAAAAAAUUGGACCAAUUGCCACUCCAGAUUAUAUCCAGAAUGCCCCUGGCUUGCCAAAGACCCGCUCAGGUAAAAUCAUGAGACGAGUAUUAAGAAAAAUUGCCAAAAAUGAUAGAGAACUGGGAGACAUUUCAACACUUGCAGAUACGACAGUCAUACAUAAUCUAUUUGAUAACCGGUGUCACACUGGUCUCUAGGGCAUAGAACUGAAACCACGGGUGUCUGACGAGCAGGAAUCUAAUGUUCACUGUGAAUCCAAGGGAUUAAAGCACCACCAGAUUAUGCAGCCAUAUAAUCCUUUGCUGUAAGGGUUACUGUAUAUAUAUAUAUGUCUAUUGUGUGGAUUGUUUCUUUGUUGUGACUUUUAUUACACUGGGUAAAAAAACAGUGUUGUGGUUUCUGUAACAUAAGAAAUUGAGGUGCUGGACUAGGAAAAACUGACAAAAUAUUCAUCAGGAUAACUGCUCAUUCUGUGAUGUACAAAAAAAAAUGUAUUUAACAAGAAGGGCAAAAAUCAUGUAAAUAAGCCAAAAAAAAGAAGAAGUUUACAUUGUAAUUUCAGCAUGUUAAUUCCCAGUGCUUUCACAGCUGAUGACUAUGAUGAAAGAUAUAUAUAUAAAGUAUCUGUCCUUCCUUUAGGACUUUUUCACAGACAGUUAUAAUUCAAGUGUAUAUUAUGUUCAACGUGCUUGUGAACUACAUGGCAAAUAUGGAUGAAUCGUUGAUCCCUAAAACAGCAGCCAUUGCCCAUUCAAGCCUAACUGUGGAUAGAACUUGAAUCUGGUAAAAAUUCUGCCUCUAACCUCUUUUGAUUUGUUCCUCGUUAUUCAAAUUGUUAACAUACAUACUUAAACACUGCGAUGUAAACCAGACAUGGCAUUCCAGCACCUGCCGAGUAGAAAACUGGACAGCUGGCAAGCAUAAUGUGACCUAUCUAAUAAUCUGUUAGAACACAGUCAUUCAUGCAGGCUGAACUAGUGAGAAAACAUAUACUUCAGGACAAGUAUUCAUGAGGUCUAAACAGGAUUGGUGAGGUUCCUAGUGAAAACAUAGUUGCAUUCUCCUAAAUAAUGGUACAAGUAAAGGGCCAAAUCCAGAUCUGAUCGUAGAUGUGCUAAAUUUAGCACAUCUACGAUCAGUUUCUCAGACAGCACAGGGCUAUUCCGCCCUGCGUGUCUGGCUCUGACCCCCCUUCCCCCGCACGGGUGCAAAAGCAUCGCACAGCGGCGAUGCUUUUGCACCCGGUGAGAAGCUCCCUGCCUGCACAACUCCUGCGUGCUGGCAGGGAGCUACCUGCUGCGCCCCGGGUCGCCGCGCCUGGGUGUGACGUCACGCAGCCGCUGCUGCCCGCAACGGUCCAGACACACCUGCGUUGUCUGGACAGCACCCCGCCAAAAUCGUUCUAAUGCCGUUGGCACAUCCCAUCCCGCCCCGCACUCCACAAAGAAAUCCAGACUGCGAUUGCUGCAGCUGCAGCGAUCGAGUCUGAAUUACCCCCAAAGACUCCAUGUGAACCACAGAAUGCUUUGCACUUACUCUGGUUCAGCUGAUUGAUCCGGCUAGUGCACAUCAAGGCAGGCACCUCUUCUCCACUUUUGGGAAACAAUGGGGCAGAUGUAUUAAGCCUGGAGAAGGGAUAAAGAAGUGAUAAAGCAGUGAUAAGUGCAAGGUGAUAACGCAACAGCCAGUCAGCCUCUGUCAUUUUUCAAAUCCUUAGGGGUCUAUUCAUGAAGCAGAGAAAAGAGAGGAGAAGUGAGCCUGUGGAGAAGUUGCCCAUGGCAACCAAUCAGCUUCUCCGUACAAUUGUAUAGUAUGCAAAUUAUAAAUGUUACUUCAAUGCUGAUUGGUUGCCAUGGGCAACUUCUCCACUGGGUCACUUAUCCACAUUUUCACUGCUUCAUAAAUAGACCCCUUAGUGAUUGGCUGGUGCAUUAUCACCUUGCGCUUAUUACUUCUUUAUCCCUUCUCCAAGUUAAUACAUCUACCCCAGUGUCUCAAACUAGAAGUGUGCAACAGUGUGAGAAGAGGCAGCAUCAUUUAAUUGUCCAGCAUCUUACCAUCGUCACUAUCCCUUUCACUAAACUCUUCAGCUUUUCUCCUACAACAUUACUCGUUCUAGUUUUGUUAUUGCUUUUAUUAAUCCUGUGAGUUUGGGAACACUAGGGCUGUCUUAAUAACAUGUGAUACUUUUAUGAAGACUUUUACUACAUGGAUUUGUGUGGACAAAAUGGAGGCACAAAACAGGUCCCAUUUAAUUUAUUGGAUUAGAGCUGAAGACUGUCAGCUUCUGCGCUCAGGCAAACGUCAAGUCCUUUUGCAAUGUGAAAUCAGCCAUGUGUACAGGGUCAGAAUGGUCCAUAGGGGUAUAGGGAAAAAUCUCUGGUUGGCCCUACUGCCUUAGCCCCCGCAGGUUCCAGACUGUGGAUUUGAAUUAUACAUUGUUACUGUAUUAGAGUCGGUUACCUCUUGCAGCAGGACCAAGAUGAAUGUGGAUGCUUGGUUCGCUUCUAUGGAAACUACACCAAGAUUUGCUUCCUGCCAAUUCAAGUGGGUGGUCAUAACACACCCCUGUACCCUCCUCUUGUUUACUGUGGGCUUUAGCAUAAUGAACACUGUUCCUUCCAGUGAUUGGAAUGGCUUGUAGUUCUGCAUUGGUAAAAACUUUGAUAGUUAAUUUCCUGUUCUUUUUACAAUGCAUUUCACCUUUACUAGACUUAAUGCAGCUCUCAUUAAGAUAUAGACACUGGUCACUGACAUUGUGUGUGUGUGUGUGUGUGUGUGUGUAUAUGUAUGUAUGUAUGUAUGUGUGUGUGUAUAUAUAUAUAUAAUAUAUAUAUAUAUAUAUAUAUAUAUAUAUACACAUAUAUAUAUAUAUAUAUAUAUAUAUAUAUAUAUACACACACACACACUUUUCCAGCACAUUAGAAAAAGCAAACAAGCCAGCACUCACGGUUCUGAUGAAAGUAGAGAAAAGCUUAAUCCUUUAUCAAAACGGCGUGAUCGUUUUGAUCGGCCACCUGUGCUUCAUUAUUAUACAUAUCUUACAUUAUACUGCAUUCCCAGUACUAUGCUGUAUUCACUAUAGUGCAGUGGUCCCCAAACUUUUGAAUCGCGGCGCCCAGGAGCAUCAGAAUUUUUUCUACGGCACCCCUAGGCCACAAGUUUCUUAUUGAGAAAUUUAGAAAGACAUACUAAAGUAAGUAAAUUGUGCUUAUAUGUCAUCCUAAGGUUCAGUUAUGUGGUGAGGAACAAGAUUUGCUUCUGUUUGUCCACAUAUUUUAUGAUAGACAGCCACCAGCACUGGUUUUGCCUAUUACAUUAAUCAUAAAUAAUUUGAAUUGGUCCUUGACCUCCACCCCUGCAAGUGUCCCGAGGCACCCCAGGUACCUAGGCACACAGUUUGGGAACCACUGCUAUAGUGUAUUAUCAUCAAUCUAGUGCAUGUAUUAUCAGUAUUUGCUAUAUAUAUUUAUAUAGGGAGACCAGAUCAUGCAUUCUCUAAUGAUUAGUCAAGCCUCUGUGGUGUGUGGACACACCCCUUAAUCCAUGUAUCCCUGCGCCCACAUUCCCCUUGUGGGCCUUUCCUGCCCGUCCUACACUGCAUGUGUGUCUGUGCACUGUAAAGCAUGCCCCUUCUUUAUUUCAAUAUUCUUGCUCCUAAAAAGAAAUCUCAGUUCUCCGUUGCUCUAGAAAACUGGUGGACUUGUGCAUCUAUAGCUUAUACAGCUUUCACAUCGUAGGCACGGGUCACACCCGGGAAUUGUGCACGGGUCCUUCCUGGAUGCGACCCCUUUCAGACUGGCAACUCGACCUGGCAAUAUGCCGGGUUGGGUUGCCAUCAGGGGCAGAUGCAGCGCUUGGAGAUGAGAUCAUCUCCACACCGCCUCCUCCAUACUGUGAACGGGUCCCAGAUUCCAUCGACCCCGGUUACCCAUUCACACCGCACCUGACCCGGGAAUAACCCUGCUUUAUUCCCGGGCUAAAAUACCGGGUGAGGCAACCUGGGAAUUACCCCUUUCACACCUCACAUCGACCCGCUUUGAGCCGGCAAUAUAUUGGGUUAUUUGUGCGGUGUGAAAGGGGUAUGACUUUGCUUACUGUCCCUCAUUCUACCCAACUCUUCCCCUCAGCCUGUGCAUCUUGCCGGAAACCUUAGCAAGUUGAUCCAAAUCAAAGCACCGUUCUGUGAUGGAAUGCAUAACUGUACGUGAAGCAAAAACACCAACUAUUGAGGAUGAGCUCAGUCAAGUAACUUAUUUUUAAUACAAGAAUAUAGAAAUAUAAUACACUGCUUUCAAAUGGUUCUGCAAAGCAAAUUACUGCUUUGUCUAAAAUGAUACCACACACGUGUUACUAUAUGAAACAUUUUUGUGGAUGUGACCAGUUUGUAAUAUAGUGAAGGUUAAAAGGAUGAUGGGUGCAAGUUUGUCUAAGUAAAUGUUUACAAAUGUAUUUGUGAAUGUGAUCAAUAAUCACAUAUGUUUUAUUCUAACCAAUAAUUUCUUUCUAUCAUUUAUCCUAUCUUAAAGAUACAAAUUGAAAUAUGAAAGUGGGCAUUUCCUCCAGUCCUGGUGGAAUAGGAGGGGUUUUUUUUUUAAUGUAGCAUGUAGUUUAGCCGCCAUAUUAUAUUUGUUUGGCUCAUCAAUGCGCCUAUAGUGAAAUUGUGGAAAGCUACAUGACAUAUUAACCAGGUGGUGUUGACUCCUGUACAAUUUUUAACAGUAUGUACAGCCAUUGAUUUGUGAUCAUGGUUGCAAAGAUCAUUAUUAUUUUUUGUUUAGUAAUACAUUUUAAAUGUGGAGUAUUUUAAAGCAAAGUUAUAUUUUUACGGUCUAGUGGAUGGCAUUAUGUCUACAAUGUCACAAAAAUAGGAGUGAUACUUCAUUAUUUUUAAGGUCUGAAUGUAAAUAACAUUACAUGUAUUUAGCAGACUUUUUUUUAUUUUUGUCGUAUACUCUGUACCAUCCACUUUGGUAGUGAGCAUACUGGGAGUUCCUAGAGGAUGAGUUUUUAAAAUUGUCUGAUAAAAAGCAGCCUGUAUUGCCAGCAGUAAAUGAUGCAAGGGCUGCCUAGGGUGGGUAAAGUCACAAGAUAAGAGGAAGCUGUAAUUAGAGAGUUUGUGGCUUCCUGUUGGUCCUCAGGGUUAUACCGACUAUAGGAGACAUAUCGAGCUGCUUAAUAUUAUUAACCAACUCAGGGGCAGAUUUAUUAAGCCUGGUGAAGUGAUAAAGUAAAAGGUGAUAACGCACCAGCCAAUCAGAUCCUAACUGCCAUGUUACAGGCUGGGUUUGAAAAAUGACAGUUAGGAGCUGACUGGCUGGUGCUUUAUCACCUUCCAAUGUAUCACUUCACCAAACUUAAUAAAUCUGCCCCACAGUGAGCACUUCCCAGGAAUCAGUAUCAGGGCAAGUCCUGUCAUCCCAGCUGUUUAAGUCUAUGCCAUCUAACAGAAAAGUUUUCCUAUGUGCAAUUCCAUUGUCAUGAUUAACAAUUUGAUUUGUAACCAAGCAAUGCAAAUAGUAAUAUUUUAAUAAAGCAGAAUAAAAUGUAUUCAUCUGUAUGACUACAUGUUAUAUGUUUAUCCAUGCUUUGGUCUGACCUGAAUAUUAAUGCAUCAGACUUCCACUUGUUAAAAAUGUUGAGUUUUAGUUUAACCACUUAAUAACCAGGGAUAUAUAGCUUUGUGACUAGACCUGUUAGCAUUGCUGUUAUAUCCUCUUACACUUUCUCUUUAUUUUAGUGUGUCUCAGUGAAUUUUAUACUUUUUUUGUGACGGGAUAUUUAGGAGUAAACUAGACCAAAUUAAUAAAAAUCUACAUUUUUGUAUUGUA